AUGUUAUGGAGCAUUCUCUUGCAGUCUGCAGUCGCUUUAAUAUCAGUUGAUAUUGAAAAGGUGUCCAAACCCCUUGAUAUGUUAUUAUUAGACUAUAAAGACUACAACGAAAAACUAAAAUCAAGAUUACAUCAUGAUCUUUUAACGUCUCCCACAAGUUUUCUAACUAACUACUACAAUGUAUUACAUACUUAGACUCAAUAUUAUGGGAAAAUUCGUAUUGGGACUCCUUCAACCUCUUUUAAACUCCUUUUUGACACAGCCAGUUCUUGGCUAUGAGUCCCAAGCAAAGGCUGCCAAUUUUGCCAUGAAAGUAAACAGUUUAAUUUUGAAGCUUCGUCGAGCUAUUUUUCUAAUGGCACUUAUAUAUCACUUGACUAUGGUAAAAGCACUGUUUAUGGUCUAGUCAGCACUGAGACUAUUAAAAUUGGGGAUGAUACAUCAUUAUUUCCAAAAAAAAUUAAAAUUUAUAUAAUAUAAAUAUUUUAAAAUUAAAAAAAAUAAAAAUUCAUCAUUGCAGGCUACAAACCAAUAUUUUUUGCUUGGGAUUUUUGAUAUGGAUUUUGAUAACCUUCAAGCAGAUGGGAUAUUAGGACUAGGAUUUUCAGGGUUAAGUGAAGGGACUUCUCCAUUACUCCAGACUUUAAAGCAGCAAGGAAAGAUCCGCAAUGCGAAGUUUGCGAUUUAUUUAAAUGAUGAUAAAUUUGAUGAAUAUGAAGCAAGCCCAUCUUCGAAUAUGAUGAUUGAUGGGUAUGAUUUAGAAAAAUACUCAAUAGAGAGCAGCUUUACUUAUGUAAAUUUAGUGGAAGGAGAUUAUUGAGAAGUGGAGCUGACAAAGGUUGCGUUUGGAAAAAAUCAAGUAUCACUGCUAGGGACGGCGAUUAUUGCUACAGGCCAAAGUUUUUUGCUUGGACCCAAAGCUGAUGUUACUGCUAUUUUUAGAACUCUUCAGUCUGGAUUUUCUUGCAUUGAUGGAUUUUAUGGGUUUUUGGAGUGUCCAUGCCAUCAUAAAUCUUUACCAAUUUUCCCUGAUUUAUAUACUGAUUGAUCUUAUUUAGUCAUAUAUCAAUUUAUUUUUUUUAAAAUUUAAAAUAAUUCACCAAAGCAUAUUUUUUCUUUGAAAAUCACCCCUUCAAGGUCCCAUACAGCAGUUAUUUACUACACUCAAAUGGAACAUGCCAAAUUUUAAUUCAGCCUACAAAUUCAACAUCCUGGAUUCUAGGUGACGUUUUUAUCAGAAAUUGAUAUAUUUUAUUUGAUAUGGAAAAAUCAAAAAUUGGUCUUGCCAAAGCAAAGCCUUCAUCUAUAAAAACAGCCUCAUCUCAGCAUUAUGAGUGACUGCUGCUUAUAAUUAUUAUUGGAUCAAUAGUUAUAGUAUCAAUUAAUACGAUUGGAUGUUACAUUUAUUGUAAAAAUAAGCGAGAGAGAAAUGCUUAUAGUCCUGUAAAUAGGCCAAUUAUUGAGGAAGAGGAAAAACAAAUAUAA